CGUUUCCGUUCUUUCAGACCAGAGUCACAGUGUGUACUUGUCGUUUGGGAUCUGUGGCUAGCUAGCUAGACAAAUUGGCUAUAUUUGAGAAAACACUACCGUAACGUUACGCAAAGGAGGGAGGAAUCCAAGUGAGCACUGAACCCUGGAUAGAAGCCACGUCGCUAAAAGAAUAAAUAUGUUUCUAUAAAUGCUGUCACUAUAAAUGGUUAGCUGGCAAAUUGAGCUAGCUAACGUAAGCUAGUUUAGCUUGCUAGCUAACGGUUUAUUAUGCGGGCGAAGUUUAGCUAACAGACUGUAGGGAUAGCUAGCUAGCUUUGGUUAACGUUAGCAGUUUGAAAGCUCUACUAAAUAUAUUUGCAAUAUUUAUCAAACUUAACUAACUGCAGUGAACAGUGUUAGCUAGCAAGCUACUUGACGUUAGCCAUCUAGGGCAACCUCGUUUGCUAACGUAGUUAGCUAAGUUACCUUUUGGAGCUAGCUAGGUAACCUAUCUAUUUAAUAGCUUGCUUAGUAGCUAGAUAUUGUUUGCAGCGUUUGGUCAGUGUGGUAGCAUUAUUAGGCUAGCUAAAGCAACAGUACCUAUGGCUUCUUGCUUUCAGAUCCAAACCAGUAGAAAACUGACUGGUUGGCCAGCUCAUAUAAUCGUUGCCUAGGAGUUUUCUGUGACAAGGGAUAAUGUCCCACCACUGAAGAUGGGAGGCAGUGGAUCCAAGGUGAAAGGUGCUUGGCCAUUUGCUGGUUCGGGAGCUGGAGGGGAUUCGGGCAGUGAGGGGCAAGAAGAUCACUCUGUUGCCCGGCUCAAAGGGACCAGAAAAGCAACCCCAUUUAUUUUCACAAGGAGGAGCUCUCUCUACUAUGAUGAGGAUGGGGACCUGGCUCAUGAGUUCUAUGAAGAGACUGUAGUGACAAAAAAUGGCCGGAAGAGGUCCAAGCUGAAGAGGAUUCAGAAGAACCUCAUACCUCAGGGAAUUGUGAAGCUAAACCACCCCCGGAUCCAUGUAGAUUUCCCUGUCAUCCUCUUUGAGGUGUGAAUCCCACUGGGAGGGUGGUCUAACGCAGAAAAGACACAUCACUACAACCGCUCCAUCCUGAACGCUAGUGUUCCUCUGAAAGAAUGGGUGGGAUGUCUGACUACACUCAGAAGCUGUCGACAGACCACCUGAGUUAUGUUGCGGACAAAAAGAAAGGGGAGGAGGAGUAGAUAGAGUUAAACGUUCUGCCUUCUGUGAUGUAGAGAAGUGUGUGUGUGAAAGAAAGGUAGCAAGAUCAGGGGAAGGUUUAGGAAUUCCCACUGUACUGUAUAUGUUGACCAUUUUCAUGUUGUAAUGUUAUCAUAUCUAAGUCUGCCUCUAUGAUUGGAGGCCAGACCUGCACUAGUCAACUUUUUUUAAUGUAAAAAAAAUAAAAUACAAAAGCUGUCUGAGUUGGAAAUACUUGAAUAAAUGGUUUACCAGGCUGAAA